AUGACUUCCAAUAAUCCCAUUAUCUUUGCGCCUGAAACAUUCCAAUAUGACAAGUUUGCUUUACAUAUGGAAGAUAUCUCAAAAGACCCGCUGGAACAGUUCACUAAGUGGUUUGAAGAGGCAAAAAAUGACCCUGAAGAGAGUAUGCCUGAAGCCGUCAACUUUGCUACAGCAGAAUUACCAAGCGGUAGGGUAUCCUCAAGAGUAGUUCUGUUCAAGGAAUUAGACUCUCGGGGCUUUAUAGUCUUUUCUAACUGGAGUACGUCAAAGAAGGCUCGCGAUAUUAAUAGUAAUCCCAAUGCAGCUAUAACCUUCUUCUGGAAAUCUUUGCAAAGGCAGGUAAGGAUAGAAGGUUUUACUGAAUAUGUAACGAGAGAUGUCUCUGAGCACUACUUCAAGACCAGAGUUCGUGGCUCGAAGAUUGGGGCAUGGUCGUCGCCCCAGUCACAGCGUAUAGAAAAUCGGGCAGAAUUGGAUAGCAGGGUUAAUGAGAAUGAGAAAAGGUUUCAGGGCGUUGAGGAUAUUCCAUGUCCUGAGUACUGGGGCGGUUUAAGGGUUAUACCUUUAGAAAUUGAGUUUUGGCAAGGAAGACCUUGUAGACUUCAUGAUCGAAUUGUAUUUAAGAGAAACUCAGAGUCGGAAACUUGGGAAAUAUUUAGAAGAGCCCCAUAA